CUUUCCACAUCUACGCAGCCUUGAGGAAUAGACAUACUUCAGACGCAAUGGAGAGCAAGUACGCCAUAACCUUGACGCUGUUUUUGGCGGCAGUAGCACUUGUUGCCGCACGUGAUGUGAGACAGAAGAGAUCGAUGCUCUUCCCGGGUUUGUCCAGUCAUGAGGAGAAGAGAGAGGAUAUUAACACAGCCGAAAGUGACAAGGACGUGGACGAACGACAGAUGCGAGAGAUGGCGGCGAACUUCCGAAAAGCCAUGAUGAGCAAGCGUGGGAUAUUUGACUGCGCCGGGUUUUUGCAGGAAUGCCACGCCUUUAAACACUGCUGUGGUGAUUGGGUAUGCAACCGUGAUCACAUCUUCGAGGGAGGUGUUUGUGUGAUAGACUUUGACAAAUAAACACCAGGACGGUCUACAUAUAUACACGCAAACCUAACAAAAUAGCUUUGAAUCAUUAGGCAUUCCAUGUCGAUUCUCUCGCUGUAAAUCUGACGACUCAGCAAGAUGAUGUCACCAAGAGAUCCUGAUUAAGUAAAUUCUGUGUGUUAACAGGCUAGGCCUCAAUAAAGAACGAUUUCAUGAA